GCGACAAGUUUGAAAUUGUCCCUCCUGCAAUUAUAGAUAAGUUAGAAUUCUUUGGCCCUCCUAAAGGAGAACGAUUUCUUAUUAAAGGACAUUUCGUGAAAUCUCUCAACGUAAUGUAUAAGAUCGCAGAUCCAUAUACUUUAAAUAAAGUUGAUUCUGCGAUCAAUCUUUUAAAACAUGGUGACAAUGAAGUAAAAGUGUUUACAGUUCACCAAAAUCAUAUAAUAAGAGUAUGGAACAAUCAUUUAUUUGUUCAAGAAUUAGUAGAAACAGAAUGGUUCGAAUAUUUACGAUCACAAAUUAAUGACAACGGCCUGAUUACAACUCUUUUUUGUGGUGAAUCUGUUAAGAAUGUGUUGGAAGAUACUUUAAAAGAGUAUAAAUCAGAUCAUGACCCUGCCCAAAAGCAUGAUCAUGAAAAGAAAAGUUGGGACACUAUUGAGACAAAAGUAGAAAUUCCUUCAAAUCAUUUUUUGGAUGACUCCGCUUAUUUCAUGGAAUGUAAACUUCUUGAAAGUGAAGAUUUAUUGAUAAUUACACCUAUUGGUGUGUUUAUCUGGACCAUUAAAUCUGACGGUGGAAUUGGUUUACUUUAUUAUUGGGGACUUUACGAUGGUACCAGGUUUAAAACCCCAAAAGAAGGAAUAAUAAAUAAUCUCGAAUCGAUCCUUAACGAUGAUAAAUUGAAAUUUUCAAACAAAAAACUAUUACCUUCUCCACAUUUUAAUAGGAUUGCUAAAAUGCGCAAACAAAAUACUUGGUAUACUGAAAAUGACAAAAGAUUGGCUACUAUAAAUGCUCCUAAUUUUCAAGAUUUACUUGACUAUUACAUAAAUGACGUAUUACUUUUAGAGAUAUACGGUAAUGAUCUUAUGCGCGCAUUAUUACAAGAGAGUGAUGAUGAAUUGGUCGAAACAUUUUUCAAAAAAUGUCUUAGAUUAAGUGAAUUUCAAAUAGAAGAUGCGAAUAUUUCUUCCUCUAUUAAAUUAGUAAAUAUUAUUUAUUCUUCAUUUCCACAAUUAUCUGAAAAAUCUUUUACUUUUGUAAUUAGUUUGUUAGCACAUUUAGCACUUAUUCCUUCUUAUAAUUUUAAAGAUUCUUUAGUAGUUAAUUCUAAUGCUUCCCAUCUUCAAUAUUGUGAUUAUUUGAGGCAGCAAAAUUAUUCCAGUAAUGCGAAUAGUUCUUUGAAUCUCAGUGUAAAACGUCAAUACCCUUUAUCUAAUGAUACUACCACAACUAAUGCAAACGCCACACUUUCAGAUGAAUUUUAUGAAAAUUUGUAUAUGUUUUCACAGUUAUAUUCUUCUUUUUUAGCAGUAUAUUUUAUGAUGACAGGGGAUUUAAGUCUGAUUAGUCCAUCAGUUCUUACUGAAGAAUGGAUAUUAGUUAUUUUAUUAGUUUUAUUUUCGUUUUCCACAACUAUUUAUUUGAUGAAUCUGUUUAUUGGUUUACUUAGUCUUGCAAUUAGUGAAGCAAAUAACAAACAAUCAUUUUUAUAUUUGAGAGCUGUGACAAUAAGUGAAAUUGAACUUUUUUGGAUGUUACCAUAUCAAAGAAGAAAGAAAGACUGGUUUCCUGAUUUCUUGAAUUAUGAAGCAUCAGUGGAUGAAGUUCGUAAAUUGGUUAGUUUGGUACACAACAAGAAUUAUGCUAGUUCCAAUCCACCAUACAUCUCAUCUUCAUUAAUAGAAAUGAUUAAUAUGGCCAUAAAAGUUGAUACUAUUGAAGGAGUUGGAGAAAGAAUCGAUGGUCUUGAAAAAAAAAUUAAUAGAAUUAAUGAUGAUGUAAAAAAGAUAAUGAAAUUUGAUGAAGUUGAAAUUCAAUUUAAUAACUUUAGUGAAGAUAUGAAAG